CCUUUUAGGAAGAAUUUGCUUCUAAUGCUUUGGUUUUGUCUUAAUCUUUGCUCAAGAUCAUAGGUACUUCCACCAGCUUGUAAAAGGAUCAUUCACCAGUGAUUGAAAUUUUGAGUGAUAGUGACUAAUUUCUUGUAAAUAAAGAUGGCUACUUAUUAUCCAACUUCAACAAAUCAUCAAAGAAAUGUGCUUCCAAGUUCCUUUCUUUCCACACAACAACUUAAUUCUUAUCAAGAAUCACCAUAUCCUCCAAUUGAUACUAUGUACCAACACCAUAAUUCAAAUGACCCUUCUUUUUUGGAUCUUUUUUCGAGUCAAACUCAUUCAAACCCUCAAAAUAUUCCGAGUACCGAGAAUCCUCAAGAAUUAUCCCUCAGUCUUGGAAUGCAAAUAACUUCUUCUUCUAUGGAUUUGCCUUCUUUCCAAUAUAACUACUUGAAUCCCCAUGUUCAAGUACAUUCAAGUACUGAUCAUGGCUCUCAAAGGAAUAAAGUCGAAGAAAACGUUGACCUUUUGUCGUUUGACCGACCUAUGAACAAUGUUCAUUGUUCAGUUUCUAGUCCUUAUCAAAUCCCAUCUGGGAUUGUGCCAAGGAUAUACAAUUCAAGAUAUCUUAAACCAUCACAAGAACUGCUUGAAGAAAUGGUUAAUAUUCAUGAUGCUAUGAGGCAACUAAAGAUGAACAAGCACAACAAUCUACAUAAAUUCGAUGAACACAAUACCAAAAUCGAGUCUACUACAAGUUCCUCUGGCGAACUUUCGUCUUCUGAGAAAAAUGAGCUUCAAAACAAGGCUACCAAACUAUUUUCUUUAUUAGAUGAGGUAGACAGGAAAUACCGAGAAUAUUGCCAACAAUUACGAAUCGUUGAGGGAUCAUUAGAUAUGGUGACAGGUUGUGGGGCUGCUAGAUCAUACACAACACUUGCUCAUCAAACAAUUUCACGACACUUUCGCACCUUAAAGGAUGCAGUUAAUGCACAAAUUCAAAUGACCCGGAAAAGUCUUGGAGAGCAAGAUGAUUCCUCAUCAGAACGCGUUUUACCACGUUUACGUAAUGUGGAAAAGCAGCUCAGGCAGCAAAGGAUAUCUCAUCCUCUUGGUGUUAUGCGUCAUUCUUGGAGGCCUCAAAGAGGAUUGCCUGAAGGCUCGGUGUCAAUCCUUCGUGCUUGGCUUUUUGAGCAUUUUCUUAACCCUUACCCUAAAGACUCGGAAAAGAUAAUGCUAGCAAGGCAAACCGGACUCACAAGAAGCCAGAUUGCAAAUUGGUUUAUUAACGCACGAGUGCGAUUAUGGAAACCAAUGGUUGAAGAUAUGUACAAAGAAGAGUUUCGUGAUCAAGAGAUCAUGAAUACAUCUUCACCGGAUGAACAAUCAAGAAAAGCAGCAUUUGAUCAAUCAUCUUCUUCGGAAGACAAAGAGAAAAUGCUGCAAAAACACUCAAAUCUUGAUUUUGUGAAUGAUAUGGACGACGUGAACGAAUAUGUUGGACAAAGGCAUAUUGAUCUAGCAGACCAAUAUCGGUUUGAUGAUCCUCAGUUGUUACCCGAUUUCGUCGUGUAAUAUAUAUACAGAUAUUCUUGAUGCUAUAAAAUGUACAUGUAUAACACAAAGAUGAACUACAUGAACACUACACAAUGUAACGGUGGUGUUUUUGUUGAACGUCUAGUGAAAUUUUUUAUUCGAAACUUAAUUAGCUUCUAUAUAUGAAGAGAUAUAGAUAUGGAAUUAUGGA